AUGAAUAGAUUGGAAGAGAUACUACAUAGAUUUGAAUCAGCUAUUAAAUAAACUCCCAAGGAUUCUGUUAAUUACAAAGUACUUGGUAUAAAUGAACAAUUUAUUAUGUUUUAGAACUAAUGUUAAAAUAAAUUGAUAAAAGUAAUAAGUCAGUAAAAUACUUAGAAUAAGGUAUGCAAACAUAUCCUUAAAAUUCUAAUUAUAAAACUGAAAAAGGUAUAAAUAGUCAUAUCAUAUUUCUAAAGUAAAAGUGAUAUUAUAGAAUCUCAUGCACUCUUUAAAAUAAAUCAAUAAAUAGCAUAUGUCAUUAAAAUAUUUUGAUUCGUCUAUUAAUAAAAAUCCUGAAAAUUCUGAUUAUUACAAUGGAAAAGGUAAAGUUGUAAAAGAAAUAUUAUUUAGCACUAUUGUUAAAAUAAAUGAAAAUAUAUGAUGAGUCAUUACAAAAUUUCGAUUCAGCUAUUAAAAUAAAUCCUGAAAAUUCUGAUUAUUACGAAGGAAAAGGUAUAAAUGAAGAUCUUAAUUCUUUUAGCAAUAUGUUUAAGUUAAAUGAAUAGAUUUGAAGAAACAUUACAAUAUUUCGAUUCAGCUAUUAAAAUAAACCCUGAAAAAUCUUAAUAUUACUAUGGAAGAGGUAGAUAUGAAGAUAUAAAUUCUUUUAGCAAUAUGUUUAAGAUAAAUGAAUAGAUUUGAAGAGUCAUUGCACAAUUUCGAUUCAGCUGUUAAAAUAAAUCCUGAAAAUUCUGAUUAUUACGAAGGAAAAGGUAUAAAUAAAGAUCUAUAGUUCUUUAGCAAUAGGUUUAAGAUAGAUGAAUAGAUUUGAAGAGUCAUUGCAAAAUUUCGAUUCAGCUAUUAAAAAAAAUCCUGAAAAUUCUGAUUAUUACGAAGGAAAAGGUAGAAAUGAAGAUCAUAAUUCUUUUAGCAAUAUGUUUAAGACAAAUGAAUAGAUUUGAAGAGUCAUUACAAUAUUUUGAUUCAGCUAUUAAAAAAAAUCCUGAAAAUUCUGAUUAUUACGAAGGAAAAGGUAGAAAUGAAGAUCAUAAUUCUUUUAGCAAUAUGUUUAAGAUAAAUGAAUAGAUUUGAAGAGUCAUUGCAAUAUUUCGAUUAAGCUAUUAAAACAAAUCCUGAAAAUUCUGAUUAUUACAAAGGAAGAGGUAGAAAUAAAAAUAAUAAAUUUUUCUUUAGCAAAGACAUUACAAUAAAUGAAAAGAUUUUUAUCAGCAUUAGUUCAUUGUGAUUUAGCUAUUUAACACAAUCCUGAAAAUUCAGAAUAUUACGAUGAAAAAGGUUGAAAUAUACAAUCUACUUUUUAGCAAUCACGUUAUAAUCUAUGCAUAGAUUCGAAAGCUCACAAAGAUAUUAUGAUUAAGCUAUUGAAAUAAACCCUGAAAAUUCUGAUUAUUUCAAUCAUAAAGGUAUAAAUAAAGAUCUAUAGUUCUUUAGCAAUAGGUUUAAGAUAAAUGAAUAGAUUUGAAGAGUCAUUACAAUAUUUUGAUUCAGCUAUUAAAAUAAAUCCUGAAAACUCUGAAUAUUACUAUGGAAAAGGUAGAAAUGAAGAUCUUAAUUCUUUUAGCAAUAUGUUUAAGUUAAAUGAAUAGAUUUGAAGAAUCAUUGCAACAUUUCGAUUCAGCUAUUAAAAUAAACCCUGAAUAAUCUUAAUAUUACUAUGGAAGAGGUAGAUAUGAAGAUAUAAAUUCUUUUAGCAAUAUGUUUAAGAUAAAUGAAUAGAUUUGAAGAGUCAUUGCACAAUUUCGAUUCAGCUGUUAAAAUAAAUCCUGAAAAUUCUGAUUAUUACGAAGGAAAAGGUAUAAAUAAAGAUCUAUAGUUCUUUAGCAAUAUGUUUAAGAUAAAUGAAUCGAUUUGAAGAGUCAUUGCAAUAUUUCGAUUCAGCUAUUAAAAUAAACCCUGAAUAAUCUUAAUAUUACUAUGGUAGAGGUAGAUAUGAAGAUAUAAAUUCUUUUAGCAAUAUGUUUAAGACAAAUGAAUAAAUUUGAAGAGUCAUUACAAUAUUUCUAUUCAGCUAUGUAUUUAAAUCCUGAAAAUUCUGAAUAUUACAAUGGACAAGGUAUAAAUGAACGUAUGAACUUUCUUAGCAAUAUGUCUAAGAUAAAUGAAUAGAUUUGAAGAGUCAUUACAAUAUUUCGAUUCAGCUAUGUAUCUAAAUCCUGAAAAUUCUGAAUAUUAUUAUGGAAAAGGUAUAAAUACACAUAUGAAAUUUCUUAGCAAUAUGCUUAAAAUAAAUGAAUCGAUUUGAAGAGUCCUUAUAAUAUUACGUUUCAGCGAUGUAAUUAAAUCCUGAAAAUUCUGAAUAUUACUAUGGACAAGGUAUGAAGAACGUAUGAAAUUUCUUAGCAAUAUGUUUAAGAUAAAUGAAUAGAUUCGAAGAGUCAUUACAAUAUUUCGAUUCAGCUAUGUAUCUAAAUCCUGAAAAUUCUGAAUAUUACUAUGGACAAGGUAUGAAGAACGUAUGAAAUUUCUUAGCAAUAUGUUUAAGAUAAAUGAAUAGAUUCGAAGAGUCAUUACAAUAUUUCGAUUCAGCUAUGUAAUUAAAUCCUGGAAGUUCUAAAUAUUUCAAUGGAAAAGGUGUAAAUGAAAAUCUGAAUUUAUUAGCAAUAUGUUUAAGAUAAAUGAAUAGAUUUGAAGAGUCUUUAGAAUAAAUCAAUUGGGGAACUUAAUAAAGUGCUGAAAAUUCAAAAAAUCGCAACGGAAAAAGUAUAUAUCAAAAAAUUAUAUUCUUAAGGAAAGGCAUUAAGCUAAAUGAAAAGAUUUAUAGAGUAAUUACAAGACUUCUAUUCAGAUACUCGGAAAAAUCCUGAAAAUUCUUAAUAAUCCAAAAUAAAAGGUAUUAAUAACCAACAUCUGAUAUUACUUUAGCAAAGGCAUUAAGAGAAAUGAAGAGAUUUUCUGAAUUCUUAUAAUGUUAUAAUUCAGCUGUUGAAAAAAUUCCACGAAAUCCUGAAUAUUCUAUUGGAAAUUGUAUAAAUCUAUAAAUUAUACUUUUUAGCAAUAUCGCUAAGUUAAAUGAACAAAUUUGAAGAGUAAUUACGAUAUUUCUAUAGUGGCACUUAGAAAAAUCCUGAAAAUUCAGAAUAUCACAAUGGAAAAAGUAUAAAUCAAUAAAAUGAAAUUCUUUAGGAAAAGCGUUAAGCUAAAUGGACAGAUUUAUAGAGCAAUUGCAACACUUUUAUUCAGAUACUCCUAAAAAUCCUGAAAAUUCUCACUAUUCCAAUCGAAAAGGUAUUAAUAAUCAACAUCUGAUAUUUCUUUAGCAAAGGCAUUAAGAGAAAUGAAGAGAUUUUCAGAAUUCUUAUAAAGUUAUAAUACAACUGCAGAAGAAAAUUCACAAUAUCCUGAAUAUUCUAUCGGAAAUGGUACAAAUGUAUAAUUUAUACUUUUUAGCAAUAUCUUUAAUUUCAAAUAAUUUUAAAUGUAAUUUUCAAAUAAAUGAACAGAUUCGAAGAGUCAUUAUAAUAUUCAAAUUCCUUUUUUCAUAAACAACAUUAGAUACUUAAUUACAAUAAUAUAGAAAUUUAUUAUUUAACUUCUAUAGGAAUUUAUUUGAUUUAUGA